AUGAGGAAAUUUAUUACCCUCGCUGCCUUUGCUGCCGGCUCCAAUGCCCUCGUUGGCCGCAGUGAUAGCUGCUGCUUCCACCUCACCUCUUCUGGUGGUGCGGCUGGUAAACUUGGCCAGCUGGGUGAUGGCCAGAACCGCAUUGGUGACGAUAGUCUACAAUCAGCACAGUACUGCAUCGACUCCAAUGGCGGUAUCACCGACUCUAGCGGCCGUGGAUGCAUCCUCACUCCCCCCACCACUCAACUGCAGUGCGACGAGGGUGUGUCUGCUACACCUGGUUUCUCUGUCAACUCACAGGGUAAACUCGAGUACCGCAGCAGCCCCGACUUCGUUGCCUGUGCCACCGGCCAAAAUGGUGGCUUGAAUGUCUACACUACCCCUAACAAGCUCGACGUUACUGGUUGUGUGAACGUGCAAUUGUCUGCCGAUGCUUGCUCGAAUACGGGCACCGGUGGCGGCAAUGGUGCCUCAUCCCCGGCUGGUGUACCUCCUGCUUCUAACGCACCGCCAGCCCCAGUUCCUCAGUCCAGCCCUGCUGGCACUGGCCCUGGGGGUCCCGGCGCUGGUGGUGCUGGCUCUGGAGGUGGUGCUCCUGACUGUAGCUGCCCUACCUCCGGUGCUCCUGGUGGCGGUGGUGUUGUUGGCGGCGGUGGUGGUGCGCCACAACCAUCUGCUAGCAUGCCUGCCCCAUCUGGCGGUACUGGUACGAAGCCUUCUGGUCCACAGCCUGCUCCCGGCGGUGGUGGCGGCAGCGGUGCUCCACAACCCGGUCCCUCUCCCGGUGUGCCUGCUCCUGGCGGCGGCGGCGGUGCUUCACAGCCCAGUCCUUCUUCUAGUGCGCCUGCCCCAUCUGGCGGUACUGGUACCAAGCCUUCUGGUCCACAGCCUGCUCCCGGCGGUGGUGGCGGCAGCGGUGCUCCACAACCCGGUCCCUCUCCCGGUGUGCCUGCUCCAAGCGGUGGCGGCGGUGCCUCACAGCCCGGUGCCUCUCCUAGUGUUUCUGCUACCGGCGGCGGAGGUGGUGGCAUCUCUAUUAGUGUGCCUCCUAUCUCCGCCGGUGAUGGUGGCACUCAUCCAACCGGCUCCGCCAGCGCAUCCGUUCCAGCUAGUUCCGCCACUUCCAAGCCCUCGGCCACUGGUACCUCUGGUGGUGCUUGUCCCACAGAUCUCUCGGGUAACUACGAGAUCCCUCACCUUAUCAUUCCUGUCGACUCUUCCUCGCCUAGCACUACCGCAGGAACUGGGUUUAACGGUACUGUGAGCUCGACCAUGUCGACCCUGUUUAACUUCGAUAUCCCAAAUGCCGACGCCGGCAAGACCUGCAGCCUUAUCUUCCUCUUCCCCAAGCUUGAGGAUCUCGAGACCUCGUCUUACAGCUUCAGCGGCGAUGGAAAGAUUGAUUUCGCAAAGCUCUCUUCCAUUGCCGAUUCCUCGACAAACUUCGGCAACAUGCCCUCGGUGUCCCAGGAUCUUGGUACUAUCACUGUCUCUCCUGGCAACUCAUACCUUGUCUCUACGUUCUCUUGCCCGGCUGGCCAGGCUGUCACCUAUGAGAUCAAGAACGCUGGCAGCACCGACUUCAACUUCUUCGAGGACUGGAACCCAUCUCCUCUCGGUCUGUACAUCACCACUUGCUAA